AUGAAAGAUAUAUGGCGAGAAUAUUGUGAAAUUAGUACCAUUCAUGGUCUACGUCAUGUAGUUCAAAAAGAUGCAAAACGUUGGGAAAGAGUAAUUUGGAUAUCCCUAUUAACUGUUGCAAGUUUUACGAUUUUUAUUCUGCUCAUCUACUGGUGGAAUAUUUACAUCAACUCCCCAGUGCAAGUAGUUGUGGAUGAUCCACGAUAUCCUCUAAGUAAAAUUGACUUUCCUGCUUUAACAAUAUGCCCAAUCAAUAAGAUUUUGUAUUCUAAGACCAAAGCUCUUUCAUUGAGCCGAUAUCCUAAUAACUCAGCAUUGAGGCAAAAAUUUUUGAACUCUUUAACGGCUCUAUCAAUUAUGCGAUUUCCGUUCUACAGUGAACCACUAAAUUUCAUCAAAAAUCAUUCAUACAUUACAAUACCCACAGAUCAAAUUAUCAACAUCAUGAAGCUGCUGAUGCCGUCAAUAAGUGAUGUGUUCUUUAAAUGUUAUUGGAGAGGAGCCAAUAUCAACUGCACAGAUCUUUUUCGGUUACAACGCACGGAGGAAGGAUUUUGUUAUUCGUUUAAUAGUAAAACAGCUGAAAGAAAUGAAAACGAUAGUGAUAAAAAUCCACCAUUUCAAAUGCCUAAUGGAUCAUUAAUGCCUCUGAGAAAUAAUGUUGGAGGGAAAAUGACUGGGUUGGAAGUAAUAUUGAAUGAUAUUGAAAAUGAUUCGAUGCCACUUGAUACACGAGCUAAAGGAUUCAAUGUUAUUGUGCACACUCCUGAAGAUUUUCCAGACGUGUCAGAUAAUUAUAAAUUAUAUCGAAAUGCAGAUAGAUUAACAUUAUUGGCAGUGUCCGUUAGUAGAAUUAUCGCCGACGAAUCUCUUUAUAGAGUUUCUGAAAGUCGUCGAAAUUGUUUUAUGUGGAACGAUAACAUGAUAUCAAACAAUAAAAUAACAAGUCACAGUAACAAUAAAAAUAAUUGUAAAAGCACUUGUCGACUACAAACUAUUCGCAAUUUAUGUAAUUGCAUUCCGUACUUUUACAAUGAUAAUAAAAAAGACGAUAUUGAUGUUUGUGGAGUUGAACACAUUAAGUGUCUCGUGCGUGUAGAUGCAAUUCAACGUAACACAUUAGCGCCAACUAAUGAAACAGGUUUUCCUAAGUGGAGUCAACCGCCUCAUAUGAAUUGCACUUGUCCUCAACCGUGUUCAUUUCUUAUUUAUUCUACUGAAGUACGCAGCCAACUAAGGGAAUACCUAGAUAUAUCACAAUUUAAUGAUGAUAUUGGUCCUACUCCUGUGUAUCUAGAUUUCCAUUUUAGAGACCAAUUUGCUAUCAGUUACAUUCGUUCUAUGAAAUAUAGUACACAGGAUUUAUUGGUAUCUGUUGGAGGAAUAGCAAGUCUGUUUUUGGGAUGCAGCUUGGUCAGUUUAAUAGAAAUACUUUAUUAUUUAUAUAAGUCGAUCGUGUACCUCAGAAGUAAGAAUAUAUACAAAAGGCAAAAAAAAGAAAAAUUAGUUAUACUCACACGUAGGUACCAUCCUUAUGAAUUCAAAAGGCCGCUUUAUAAGCCACCACGUCAUAUCAACUCUAAAACAUCAAUGAAUCAAUUUAACUAUUAAUUUAUGUUUUAUAUAAUAUUUAUAGUAAAAACUCAAUAACAGCAUAAAUUAUUACAUUUACUUAGUUGUACUUAAGGUAUUUGAUAGGGUUUUACUUAGUCUGAACCACAUUUAUUUGGUAAAUUUAGUGAAUUUUAGACGUUAAUCAUUUAUAAAAAUAAUUAUAAUAUUUUUAAUGUGUAUUCAUUUAUUGAUUAAAAGUCGUGUCUACACUUGAAAUUAUAUGUGUGAUAAUUCAAAUUUAGUGUAAGUUUGAAUUGUGUUGUAAAAGUGUUAUUAACUCAAAAAAGAAUAAUUUUUGUAAAUUGGAAAGUACGGAAAUUAUUCAUCACAGUAACUGUUAUUCCACAGACGAGAAACCGCUGCGGCUGUAUAGAAGUUUUAUACAAACAUUAAAUUCAUUGAAACGUCACAAAUUCGAAGGUGGGAAAGUCUAUAAUUUUGUUAUGUUUUUUUUAUUAUGCAAGAGAAUGGGCAAGUGAACCUUUUUUUGACACAACGAUGUCGAAACUCAUUAUUUUUGCCGUUGACUGCAAGAUAAGGCGACCAGGGAAAAUAAAUACAAUUAAAAUCAAAUUGUUUAUUGGUAUUGAUCCCUCCCCAAUAGACUGACCGUUAUCGGUUUAAAAUUGCCAUUAGAUCGGUGUUGGCUUUUUCCCUUGCUUUCUGUCAUUUACCGAGUUAGAGUGCACACGUUUUUCAUUUUUUGUCAAUGUUUUCAAUAAUGGUGUAGAUCAAAUAAUCACGUAUUUUUGGUGAAGUAUCUAAACCAUCGGAUAGGUCUCUUUGGUUACUGGGUAUUGUUAUUAUUAAUUAUAUUUAUGUAAUGAGCUUCGUUUUAUUAACUUUUUUUAAUUUUUAAAGAAUUUACUUAAGUUAGUCUAGUUCGAGUGUCCAGACCGCUCCUGGUGUUUUUCAUUAAUUUCCGAAUAACAUUAAUGGAUGUAUUUCAAUACUGUAAAUGAUGUUUACUAUAUUAUAAUAUAUUUAUUGUUUAAAUAUUUUAUUAUAAUUUUUUUGAGCUUUUCUUUGUAGACAUGGUUUUUUAUACACUCGAAUUUUUG